AUGAGAAAACGCAGCGCUUAUACCUUAGGUAUAGCUCUGAUUUGCUUCUUAGUACUCAUGAUUCUAACCCCAUCCAUUCCUCAGUCCCAAGAUUAUCACAAUUUUGCCGAUCAACGCACCUUUUUCGGUAUUCCCAAUGCACUUGAUGUCAUAUCCAAUUUCCCUUUUCUCAUUAUUGGUUUAAUUGGACUUGUUCUUUCUCAUCAUCGAAAUUAUUUUAACCUCAGUUUGCAAGGUGAACUUUGGGGUUGGACAUGUUUCUAUGUUGGUGUGGCUGCUGUUGCUGUUGGAUCUUCAUACUAUCAUCUCAACCCAGAUGAUGCUAGGCUUGUGUGGGAUAGGUUACCUAUGACUGUUGCUUUUACUUCGAUCAUUGCAAUUUUCAUCAUUGAGAGGAUUGAUGAGAGGAAAGGAAUGAUUUCAAUUGUACCUCUAAUUUUGGCUGGUGUUAUUAGCAUUAUGUAUUGGAGGUUCUUUGAUGACCUCCGUCCAUAUGCUUUGGUCCAAUUUGUACCACUCAUUGCAAUUCCAGUCAUGGCUAUUUUGUUGCCGCCAAUGUACACUCAUUCAACUUAUUGGCUAUGGGCUGCAGGAUUUUAUCUUCUAGCUAAGGUGUUAGAGGCCACUGAUGACGUCGUCUACAAAUGGACUAAUCAUAUUGUCAGUGGUCAUACACUCAAGCACUUGUUUGCAGCAAUGGUUCCCGUAUUCUUGACAUUGAUGCUUGCAAAGAGGAGUGAGGAACCAGAGAGGCGAAGUUUGUAUACAAUAUGGAAGAUUUCCUGGACAAAGGCCAAUGACGGCGACUCAAAUGUCGAGAGCUACGCUUACUCAAGGGUGCAGGUUGAAGAGCCACAGUAA